AAAAAAGUCGCGACACGGCCAGCGCCCGCGACCGCCAGCCGCCGCGGACCCUCGCCCCCCUUGCCCAUCCUCUCCGUCCUCUCCGCCCUCUCCGCCCUCGCCUCCCUCCCCCAGCAGACAUGACGGUCAAGCGCGAAUCCGACGACGAGCACCGCGACGCCAAGCGCGUCAAGACGGAGGUCAAGCAGGAGAGCAACCCGUACCUCAGCCACUGGAACGAGGCGCCCGUCAGGAGCGAGGACGGCCUCGCGGGCUUCCAGCGCCAUGCCACAAGCACCGAGCAGGCCAGCGUCGCCGAGGACGGGCCCGCCAACCCCUUCACGGGCCGCCCGCUGUCGUCCAAGUACGUCGGGAUCCUCAAGACGCGGCGCGGCCUGCCCGUCCACCAGCAGCGCGCCGAGUUCCUCAAGCUGUACCAGGACAGCCAGAUCCUCGUCUUCGUCGGCGAGACGGGCUCCGGCAAGACGACGCAGAUUCCGCAGUUUGUGCUGUUCGACGACCUCCCGCAGCGCAGCGGGCAGAUGGUCGCCUGCACGCAGCCGCGCCGGGUGGCGGCCAUGUCGGUCGCGCAGCGUGUCGCCGACGAAAUGGACGUGACGCUCGGCGAGGAGGUGGGGUACACGAUCCGCUUCGACGACAAGACGGGGCCCAAGACCAUUAUGAAGUACAUGACGGACGGCAUGCUGCUGCGCGAGGCCAUGCACGAUAACAACCUGUCGCGCUACAGCACCAUCAUCCUCGACGAGGCGCACGAGCGCACGCUCGCCACGGACAUACUCAUGGGCCUGCUCAAGGAAGUGGUGCUGCGGCGCAAGGACCUGAAGCUCAUCAUCAUGAGCGCGACCCUCGACGCGACAAAGUUCCAAAAGUACUUCCACAACGCCCCGCUGCUCGCCGUGCCCGGCCGCACGCACCCGGUCGAGGUCUUCUACACGCCGGCGCCCGAGCGCGACUACGUCGAGGCGGCGCUGCGCACCGUGCUGCAGAUCCACGCGACCGAGCCCGAGGGCGACGUGCUGCUGUUCCUGACGGGCGAGGAGGAGAUUGAGGACGCGUGCCGCAAAAUCAGCCUCGAGGCGCAGGACCUGGCGCGAGAAGGCGGCGCCGGCCCGCUCGUCGUCUACCCGCUGUACGGAACGCUGCCGCCCGCGCAGCAGCAGAAGAUCUUCAGCCCGGCCCCGCCGCCGCUGGCGCCGGGCGGCCGGCCCGGCCGCAAGGUGAUUGUGUCGACCAACAUUGCCGAGACGUCGCUCACCAUUGACGGCAUCGUGUACGUCGUGGACCCCGGCUUCAGCAAGCAAAAGGUGUACAACCCGCGCAUCCGCGUCGAGUCGCUGCUCGUCUCGCCCAUCUCAAAGGCCUCGGCGCAGCAGCGCGCCGGUCGGGCUGGGCGCACGCGGCCGGGAAAGUGCUUCCGCCUGUACACCGAGUCGGCGUUCAAGAAGGAGCUCAUCGAGCAGACGUACCCGGAGAUUCUGCGCUCCAACCUGGCGAGCACCGUGCUGGAGCUCAAGAAGCUGGGCGUCGACGAUCUGGUGCACUUUGACCUCAUGGACCCGCCCGCGCCCGAGACGCUCAUGCGCGCGCUCGAGGAGCUCAACUACCUCGCCUGUCUCGACGACGAGGGCGAGCUGACGACGCUGGGCCGCCUUGCGUCCGAGUUCCCGCUCGACCCGGCCCUGGCCGUGAUGCUCAUCACGUCGCCCGAGUUCUACUGCUCCAACGAGAUCCUGUCCCUCACCGCCCUCCUCUCGGUCCCCCAGAUCUUUGUCCGCCCAGCGAGCAACCGCAAGCGCGCCGACGAGAUGAAGGAGCUCUUUGCCCACGCCAAGGGCGACCACCUCACCAUGCUCAACGUCUACCACGCCUUCAAGGGCGACGAGGCGCAGGCCAACCCCAAGCAGUGGUGCCACGACCACUUCCUGUCGUACCGCGCCCUGCAGCAAGCCGACAACGUGCGCCUGCAGCUGAAGCGCAUCAUGGAGCGCUCCGAGCUGGAGCUCAUGAGCACCCCCUUUGAGAACAAAAAGUACUACGAGAACAUCCAGCGCGCCCUCGUCGCGGGUUUCUUCAUGCAGGUCGCCAAGCGCGACGGCAACGGCAAGCAGUACACCACCGUCAAGGACGAGCAGACGGUGCUGCUGCACCCCAGCACCGUCCUGGCCGAGGACAGCGAGUGGGUCGUCUACAACGAGUUUGUCCUCACCACGAAGAACUACAUUCGCAGCGUCACGAGCGUGAAGCCCGAAUGGCUCCUGGACAUCUCGCCGAACUACUACGACCUCGCCACCUUCAAGAAGGGCGAUAUCAAGACAGCCCUGCAGCGCGCCUCGACAAAGCUAAUGCGCAAGGAAGCCGAGAAGAGGAGAUGAGCGGAUGGAAGCGAGCUUGUGACUGUACCCGAGUGAAGUGUGCUACAAAAUCGCGGUCGACCAAGCUAAUGCGCAACGAGGCCGAGAAGAGGAGAUGAGCGAUGAAGAGCGAGCUUGUAAUUGUACCCGAGUGCCGUGUGCUAUUGACACCGUGGCUUGAAAUUGGAACCGGCGUUUCCUGAGAGAGAAGAAAAGAGAGAUAGACUUGCAUCUGCUUCCCAUCGAUGUCGCAAUGAGGCGAUACUACACUACUUAUUCUGCGCUUUUUGGCUGUGAAGAGAUUCCGCUGCAUCGUAGUGCCGCAGUGUCAUGCGUUCUAGGCAAGCUCAACAACACACAUCUUCCUUG